AUGGCAACGGACUGGGCAGCGAAGUUGGCUCAAGCAACACCAACUCAACCGAAAUCAUUUAAUGAAACACCAACUCAUACAAAACCAGACAAGAAAGUGAAAACUUCGAGAUCACCGUCACGGUCACCACCGCCUACGUUUAAUGCACACGAAAUUAAACAAUUUCUUCAAUCUAACUACGAAUCGUACCUAAACAAAGCACGAGAAGAUAAAGAUGGAGAGAAUUACAAGGUAUAUAGGUCACUUGAGUCGUCGAAUCAAUGGGAAACGCAAGUGAAAUCUAGUCCGAAGAAUGUGUUGAGAAAUCGACCUCAGAGUAGCACUGUUGAUAUUUUGUUUGAAAUUAAUCGUUCUAUUUACCAACAAAGGCAAGGGGAGAAGAAAUAG